CGGGCAGCGGCGAGCAAUGACCAUGACCACCAUGCCAGAGAGCCUGAGCAGCCCCGUCUCGGGCAAGGCCGUCUUCAUGGAGUUCGGGCCGCCCGGGCAGCAGAUGCCCCCCUCGCCCAUGGCCCACGGCCACUACUCCAUGCACUGUUUGCACUCGGCCGGCCACUCGCAGCCCGACGCCGCCGCCGCCUCCUACAGCUCGGCGUCCUCCUUCUCCAGGCCGCUGGGCUACCCCUAUGUCAGCUCGGUCGGCGGCCACUCGGGCCACCCCUACAUGAGCUCGGUGCAGUCCUACCCCAACAGCACCAGCCUGGCCCAGACCCGGUUGGAGGAGACAGGGCCCGAGUCGGAGAAAAGCACGGUGGUGGAAGGCGGCGAGGUGCGCUUCAACGGCAAGGGCAAGAAGAUCCGCAAGCCCCGGACCAUCUACUCCAGCCUGCAGCUGCAAGCGUUGAACCGGCGCUUCCAGCAGACGCAGUACCUGGCCUUGCCCGAGAGAGCCGAGCUGGCCGCCUCCUUGGGGCUGACCCAGACCCAGGUCAAGAUCUGGUUCCAGAACAAGCGCUCCAAGUUCAAGAAGCUGAUGAAGCAAGGCGGCGCGGCGCUGGAGAGCGGCGCCCUGGCCAACGGGCGCUCCCUCUCGGCCGCCUCUCCGCCGGGGCCGCCGGUCUGGAACACCAACUCGGCGUCGGCCAAGAGCUCGACGGGGGCCCCGGGCUCCUACAUCCCCAGCUACACGUCGUGGUACCCCUCGGCCCACCAGGAGACUCUGCAGCAGCCCCAGCUGAUGUGA